AUGUCCCCCCUUUUUACAAUUCCAAUAAAGCCAGAGAAACAAGCGGAACACAUAGAAUGCCUGAUAGACUCAGGCGCCACCUCCUCAUUCAUGCACCCUUGCACCGCAGAAACUCUCCGCCUUCCACUCAUUGAUCUUCCUGCACCCUGCACCGUCACUAUGCUCAAUGGGUCAAGCCCCCAGGCUGGCAAAAUCUGGAAAAAGGCGUCACUAACCUUUACCUUUGAUGGCAAAAAGAUGACGGAAACAUUCCUCAUCUGUAACACCAGAAAUCACUCCGCUAUCCUAGGCCUGAAAUGGUUAGACGCCCACAAUCCAGAGAUUGAUUGGAACUCCUGCACCCUGUCCUUUCCUCACGUUCCACCAGAACACAUAGCCAUUGCCAAGGAGGAGGAAGCUGACCAAAACCCCCUUGAAGGAGUACCUUCCAAAUACCACAAAUAUGCCAAAGUAUUUGGAGAAGAAGAAUUCAACAAGCUACCUCUGCACAGGCACUAUGACAUUGGUAUUGAGUUAAUGGAAGAAGGCCCCCUCAAUUCACCCCUGUACAGCAUGACCAAUGCCAAAUCCGCCACACUCAAGGACUGGCUUAGGGAUGAACUCAAGGCUGGGAAAAUCCGUCCCAGCAAAUUGUCCAUCAGUUCCCCUGUCAUGUUUGUACCCAAAAAGGAUGGCUCCUGCCAAUUGGUUGUUGAUUACCGCCGCCUGAAUAACCAGACCAAAAAGAAUGUUUACCCUCUACCCUGUCCAGAUGACCUUAUGGCCCAGCUCCGCGGCGCCAAGGUCUUUACCAAACUAGACCUAAGAUGGGGUUACAACAACGUCCAGGUUAAGGAAGGGGACAAGUGGAAGACUGCUUUUUGCACCAAGUAUGGUCUCUAUGAGUCACUAGUAAUGACAUUUGGCUUGACAAACACUCCCGCCUCAUUCCAACACUUCAUGAACAAUUUGUUCAAGGAUUUACUAGAUGUAUGCGUCCUUGUCUACCUUGAUGACAUCCUAAUUUACUCCAAGGAUGAUGCAAGCCACACUCAGCACGUCCAUGAAGUCUUACAGCGCUUAAUGGAGAACCAGUUGUUCUGCAAGGCCUCAAAGUGUACCUUCCACAUGAAAUCAGUGGAAUACCUGGGAAUAGUGGUGUCAGACAAGGGCUUUAGCUUGGAUAAACUCAAAAUCCAAGCCGUUCAGGAUUGGCCUACCCCAACAAAGGUCAAGGAGGUCCAGUUGUUCCUAGGGUUUGCCAAUUUCCUACGCCGUUUUGUUGCCAACUUCAGCCAUAUAGCCAGGCCAUUACACAACCUGGUUAAGAAGGACAUGCCUUGGAAAUGGGAUACAAAGGAGCAAGAAGCCUUCCAGUGGUUAAAGGAUGCCAUUACAGAUGCCCCAGUACUUUGUCACACGGACCCCACCAAACCUUACUUCCUGGAAACAGAUGCAUCAGGCGCAGCCUUGGGGUCUAUACUCAGCCAACACCAGGAAGACGGUUGCCUACAUCCACUGGGAUUCUUAUUGGAGUCAUUCAAAGGAGCGGAACAGAACUAUGACACACAUGACAAAGAGUUACUUGCAAUCAUCCGCUCCUUUGAGUACUGGCGCAUAUUCCUAGAAGGCACGGCUCACCCAAUUACUGUCUUCAUGGAUCACCGCAACCUGGAAUACUGGAAAGAAUCCCAAACGUUCAACCAACAACAUGCAUGA